UCAGUCGGCCUUUGGAGCGGAACCAGAGAGUAACUCGGCGCGGUGGUGGCCGUUUGUUGACUUAGCAGCCGCGACUAAUUCUUGCGGUGUUUGGAGUAGCAACAGGACUGUUUGCUUUAACAUUGUUGGAAUCAUAAGAAAAAGACUGUCGAUGUGUUUUCACAAUUUUAAUCAAGCCACGAGCCAAGAAUUUUGCCCUCAAGAAAGAUAACGAGCGUGCCCUGAUUUGUAUACGGAACUUGGUCGCUGUGCGGCUAACUAGUGAUUGAGACGGUCAAGCUCGAGGGACAGAUAAGACGGGAUUACACCACGUAGACAGCGCCCACGGCUCUGGCCACGCCCGUGCUCCGACUACUACUGUUGCUCAGCUCCCGCCUGUCCACCGCCCGUUUCCUGCCGCCCACCGCCGCCCGCACACUUCCGCUGUACUUGACAAUAAAGAGUGGUGGUGGUGUGUGUCCGCUAGCUAGUGUGUGGCCGACGGUGGUGACGCUGGUGGAGUGAAAAUACAGAGUGGAGGAAGUGUGUGGUGAGGUACAGUGUGUGUGUUACUGGUGCGUGGCGGAGCAGGCCGAGGCUGGCUGGGCUGAGUGGUGGCGCCCGAGUGUCGUCGUUGUGUUGGGCCCCGCCACUGUCUGUGCCGCGGCGCCGUGGCAGCUCCCCAGCCACCACCCUCCGUCCUGGCUCCCACCGCCUCUGCUACUCACUAGGAGGACACCCGAGUCUAUCUCAGCCGAGGUAGGCCCCAGAAUGCUGUAUAGCCAUGUGUGAUCAAUGGUCAGCUUACCCCGUCAAAAUGCACACCCUCUUUGGCGAUCAACAGUCAUAUUACCGCCAUGCCGCGGCCUCCUACCCGCCGGCGUCACUGCAGCAGAUGUCCACCAUGGCCCCUAACGCCUAUUGUUACGACGGGUACAGCGCCAUGGGGCGCUAUCACCCGUACGGCUACUCCCCCCAGCAGCACCCUCCUCCCAAGGACAUGGUGAAGCCCCCCUACUCCUACAUCGCCCUCAUCACCAUGGCCAUUCAGAAUAACCCGGAUCAACGCGUCACCCUGAAUGGCAUCUACCAGUUCAUCAUGGAGAGGUUCCCUUAUUACCGGGAGAACAAGCAGGGGUGGCAGAACUCCAUUAGGCAUAACCUCAGCCUCAACGAGUGCUUUGUCAAGAUACCCCGCGACGAUAAGAAACCUGGUAAGGGAUCCUACUGGACGCUGGACCCCGAGGCGCGCAACAUGUUCGACAACGGCUCCUAUCUGCGUCGUCGCAAGCGCUUCAAGAAGAAGGACGCCAACGUAACCCGCGAGAAGGAAGACAUCCUCAAGAGGCAGCAGGAACAGCAGCAACACACACCCACGGGCUCCGACGGUGACCAACGACCACAACAACCUGAUGGUACAGCUGUGGGCCUCACACAGCAGCCCCAACAACAACCACCACCACCACAACAGCAACAACAACAGCAGCCAGGGGCUGGACAACAGCAUCCGCAACCUCGGUCAGUGGUGACAGGUCAACAGGAAGGGGAGGGGGUGCAGGUGGGGGGUGGCACCCCUAUCUCGCCCCUCUGUCAGCCUAAGACAGAGCCUCAAGACUCCCCAGAUCUUCCAGCAGCUUGUCUUCCAGAGGUGAAGGCUGCCGCUCAUACUCCGCCCCUGCACGCCCACACUCACACGCCGCCUCUCCAUAACCAUACUCCGCCUUUACACGCCCACGGCCACCUGCCGUCCACCAGCCUGCCCACCUCCUCAGCCAGCGGUGGAGCUCACGAGGGAUCCUACCUGGAGGUAGGGUCAUCUUUCAGCGUGGACUCCCUAGUGCCGGGGUCACGGGAGGUGGUAGGGCGAGAUGCCAGCCCCGGGGCACUACUGACGGAGGCACAACAGCAACAGUACCGCUCCAACAUGUACUACGAUACCAUGAGCUACUGUCAGUAUGGGGACGCCCGGGCUCCCUCGGUCUUCCCUUCGGCCGCCACUGACGACAUGACUGCCUGCGGCAGUGCGGCCAUGAAUGGUAGCACGCCCGUGGUGGGCGGCAUGACCAUGCAGGCGGCGGCAGCAGCGGCGGCUUACUCCCGUUCCCACGGCUCCUGGUACUCGCAGCCGCUGGAGACCGGUGGUGGCGGCGGCGGAGACAGCGGCUUCCCCAACGUGCGCGACAUGUUCGAAUCUCAGCGGCUCCUGACCAACCCCUCCUGCCAGCUGGGCUUCCGCGCCUCCUACAAGUACCCCGCCUACUACGAUGACACUGCCAAGUACUGAACCUGCAGGGCGUAGCCGGACACAGCUCAAGGCCAGCCCGGCGCCCACACCGCCUGGCGGGCGUGGGCGGCAGUGCUCCCGACAGUCGGCGGGCGGCAGGUUCGCCCACCAGUCUAGUGAAACCAAAGAGAGCAAUCCAUGUGAGGGGUUGCGUGGGCACGUGGGGUGCAGCGCCCAUGUCCGCCCACGCCCUAAAUAAGGGCCUGCGUAGGCGCGGGUGGUGACACGCCCACGCCCGUUCACCAGUGUGUUAUUAACAACAGUGAUUUCAGCAGAGCUACCACUAGCCACCGUGUACGUGCCGACAAGGGCCGUCUUGUGCAUGCGCCUUCAGCUAUGUACGUAUAGACAAAUCUGUGUACACAAUAGACCAUUUUAUGUACGCAUAGGACUCUCCUAUGUGCGUAUAAUGGCAAAUCAAUGUACCUCUAGGACAGACCGAUGUGUAUAUCUUGAUAUUAUUUAACAUUGUGUAACAUAUACGCAUAAUAUAUACGAGGCUUUUUAUA